CUCCCUCCCGCCCCCUUACCUCGCUGGUGGUGUUAUUCUCUUCUCGACUUGUAUUGAAUAAUCCUUCUCCUCCUCCUCCUCCUCCUCCUCCUCCCACGCCGCUUCUUUUGGAUUUGGAUUUGGAUUUGGAUUUGGAUUUGGAGCUAGGACGUACUGCUGUUGGAUUGGCAUAGUGUCGACCGGAGAUUAUUGAUGUGUACCCGAGAUAAUCCCUUUUUUGUAGCACGCAAAUGGUGUGGGGUGGGAGAGUUCUCCCACAAUUGAGAUCACAUCCCGCCGACCCUGAGCUAUCGUCUUUUCUUGCAUGGCGGAGAUGGAGCCGCAGCGGAGUUGUAACAAGGCGAGCUUUUCUGGGUCCGGGUUAGGCUUUCAUUACGUAACGAGGAGAAAACAGGUCGAUUCGAACCGGCGCCGCGGAGGGAGGGGAGAGCACCAGCUCGCAAGGGAGUUGUCCAUUCCCCAUCUCAUUGCUAUAGGCGUCGGCGCAACCAUCGGUGCCGGGGUCUAUGUUCUUGUAGGAACUGUUGCCAGAGAGCACUCGGGACCUGCCUUAACCAUUUCCUUCCUAAUAGCUGGAAUAGCGGCUGCUCUUUCUGCGCUCUGCUAUGCUGAGCUUGCAAGUCGUUGCCCGUCUGCAGGAAGUGCCUAUCACUAUACUUACAUUUGUAUCGGAGAAGGUGUGGCUUGGUUGAUUGGAUGGGCUUUGGUUUUGGAGUACACGAUAGGAGGGUCAGCUGUUGCACGCGGCGUAUCGCCAAACUUGGCACUGUUUUUUGGUGGCCCAGAUAGUUUGCCUUCUUUUCUAGCCCGAGUUCACAUUCCAGGCCUUGGUAUUGUUGUCGACCCCUGUGCUGCAAUUCUUGUUCUGAUGGUUACUGGGCUGCUAUGUCUUGGGAUUAAGGAGAGCUCGUUCAUACAAGCCACUGUAACAACAGCAAAUGUCAUUGUCAUGCUAUUUGUCAUUAUAGCUGGUGGAUAUUUAGGGUUCCAGACAGGAUGGAUCGGCUAUACUGUUUCAAAGGGCUACUUCCCUUAUGGUGUGAAUGGAAUGCUUGCUGGAUCGGCAACCCUGUUCUUUGCAUACAUUGGCUUUGAUGCAGUUGCCAGCACUGCCGAGGAGGUAAAAAAUCCUCAAGUCGAUCUCCCAUGGGGUAUAGGUUUGGGUUUGUCAAUGUGCUGCUUCUUGUAUAUGCUGGUUUCUGUUGUAAUUGUCGGUCUGGUACCAUAUUUUGCAAUGGAUCCUGACACUCCAAUAUCAACAGCAUUUACUCAAAAUGGGAUGCAGUGGGCUGUGUACGUCGUUUCCACUGGAGCGAUUCUUGCUCUUUGCUCAUCUUUGAUAGGUUCAAUUCUUCCACAGCCACGAAUAUUGAUGGCCAUGGCUAGAGAUGGACUGCUUCCACCUUUGUUUGCAGAUGUUAACAGAAACACGCAAGUUCCUGUCAAGAGCACACUUUUGACUGGGAUUUCUGCUGCCGCCCUGGCUUUUUUCAUGGAUGUAGCAGAAUUGGCAAACAUGGUCAGUGUUGGUACACUUCUUGCAUUCACCGCUGUUGCAAUAUCUAUUUUGAUUCUAAGAUACGUACCUCCAGAUGAGGUGCCCAUACCAUCGUCGCUUCGAGAAUCAAUAGAAUCUGCAUCGCUGCAUUCAAGUUCAGGAGAUAAAAAUGAGGGAUAUUCAGGAAAUCUUGUUGGAACAAAUAAUCAAAAUAGUCAGGAUGGCAUGGCCUGUAAUAAUGAUGCUGAAACAGCUUGUGAUCCCCUUAUUGUGAAGGAAAAAUUUACAGAUGACAUGAAUGAGAAAGAAAGGCGAAAAAAAGCAGCUCGGAGCAUAGCAAUUGUGUGUUUUGGAGUUCUUGCUCUCACGUCCUCUGCCUCAUCUGCAUCCUUGCCAUUCUAUUUGCAGUACAUAGCAUGGUCUGUUGGCGGAUUGCUCCUUUUGUGUGGUACAGCUGUGCUCUACUGGAUUGACCAAGACAAAGGUCGGCACGAUUUUGGACAUACUGGAGGAUUUCUAUGCCCGUUUGUUCCUUUGCUGCCCAUCUUUUGUAUCCUCAUCAAUGUAUACCUGUUGGUAAACCUUGGAGUUGGCACUUGGAUUCGUGUUUCUGUAUGGCUAAUGAUUGGAGUAGUAAUUUACCUCUUAUAUGGGCGCACUCAUAGCUCACUAACAGAUGUGAUCUAUGUGCCUACAGCCCAUGCUGACCAUAUUUAUAGAAGUUCACCCAAGAGGGUGGCUUAAAUAUCAUUCUCGCCACUUCUAUAUUCAGUAAUCCAUGUGUAAUUGGUUUUGUACAUCUAUACGUAUUUCGUUGUUAAGUAUUCCUGAUAUGUAACUGUAAAUGCUGAACAUUUUGAUUUUUUCCUUUUCUUAAGUGAGAAGAUAUAGAAUUGGAACAAAAUUAAAUUGUACAAACACAGGAAUAAAUUGAGGGUUAAAAUGUGUUCUAUUUGAUA